ACAGACAAAAGACAAAAGAACAGGACGCCGACGUGCAUAAAAAUGUUCCGUAGCAGAAAUUGACAGAAAUCAUAUAGAAAUAUUCAGAUUUUUUCUAGGACAGUCUAGAAGGCCAUGCUUUCUGCCUGGGUAGAACCGCGCCACAACUGUUUCAAAAGGAGACGUUAACUGAAAUAUUUACUUUACUAACCUAACAUCCAGAAAUAAGAAGAAGAAAGCACCAUUUUGAUACAUAAAGAUUGGUUUAAUCCAGUUUAAUCAGAAAUCUCUAUUUAAUUAAUAUUUUUAUUCAACAAUGGCAAAUACUUUGUCAGGAGUGUUUAGAAAUUAUUUAUUAUCCACUUCAAUUUCCAGAAUAAAUAAAUUAGGAGUUUUAUCGGAUUAUGCCCCAGGACUUAGGAAGCUAUAUGCUAAAGCUACGUUGGGCAUACCUGCUUUCCAGGAGCAACGUGAGAGAAUUCAACAUCAGAUGAAAAAUAUAUCAGACAAAUUCAGGGAAAAAAUGUCAGAAUAUACUUCAGAUGAUUCCAAAAAUAUGAUUUUUACCGAAGAUUUGAAAAAUAUGAUUUAUAUUUCUCAAGACGAUAAGGACAUAGAACUAGUCAUCAAAAUGAUGAAGAGGUAUAACACUCAAAAUAAAUCUUUGAGAUUUGGUAAUUUUAUAUUUGGACCAGUUAUUAUGAGACUGUUUUACAUUCAUAACAAGCCUGAAUUGGCCUUGGAGUGCUUUAAAUCUGAUGAAUUGUCUGUUUCCUUUGACCAGUUAAUGUCUUACCAAAUAUUGCUAGAUCUACUCUAUGAAAAUAAGAAAUAUAAGGAAAUCCUGGAAGUUGCCAAUAUUAUAAAAGCAAAACAAAUUGAGGGAAGUAUUACUCCCAAAAAUGUCGUAGUUUUGGUAUUAGCUGCAUGUUAUAAAUUGAAAUCCAAAGAAUCUUUUGACUAUGCAAUAAAACUCUGGAGUGAUCUUCAAAAUACUGGACAUCAACCUAUGAGAAGGGCAGUCACAUUUUGUGCUGCUUUAGCUUUGAAUCAAGAUCGACCAGAUAUAGCUUUAGAAGUGUUAAGCACAUGCAAAAAUCAGAAUUACACUACCAUUAGAAAUUUAAAAAUUUUGGCCCUGUGUAGUAUAGGGCGAAUAGAGGAAGUGAUUCCUAUAUUAAAGAGUGUCCUUAAUGAGGACACUCCAUCAGUAAUAUCGCAGGUUCAUACAUUUAACAGAGAUGUUAUAGAGAGGAUUAGGGAAAGUGUGAAAUCAUCAGAUAAUCCAGAAGUAGCCUUAGAAUUUAACAGAUUAGAAGAGGUAUUCAAAAAGCAAGGAAACAUUACUGAAAAUACAUUAGAUGAUCAACUUUGCUCAGAAAUUCAACAGCCUCCUAUUAGAUCCAAUAGGGACUUUGUUCCAAGACAACAGUUCCAGAAUAGGCAACAACCUAAUGACAGUUUUCAAACAAGACGUCCUAGUUACAGAAGGCCUGGCUUAGCAGACCUUGUCUAAUUGUCUUAUCGUUUAGGAAACUAUGAAAUUACAAUAAAGAACUAUAUUUGAGACGUUUACUGCAAAAGUAGAAAAAUCUAUCCCUCUCUUUAAAGAUAGGCCCCUUUUACAUAUUUUAUAUAUGUUCGUACAUAGAUUUCUAGUGAAGAGGUAAAGAAAUGUGAAAAUUGAAAGUGCACUUUUACAAUCUUCACAUUUGUACGAUCUAUGUACAAAUGUGAACUCAGUGGCUCAUCUUUUAAGAAAAUAGAUUACUAAUUUAGGCAAGUACACAAAUCAAACUAAACCUGUUGAUAUCUAGAAACCUAUAUUUUAGUAGUUAGGCCACUCUUGCCGUAAACGCCUUAUUUAAUAUUUAGACAAAAAUAUACUAAAGUAAAACUUUUAUUAAAUCAUCA